CCACCUACAAGUUUGACAGCUCAGCUUUUCGUCCUCACACUGGCACACUCAGCACGGCCAGACAGCUGGCCUCUCUGCCGUCUCAUCAUUUGUUGUUGUUUUUUUUUUUUUUCCUCACAGUUUUUUUUAUCAUUUCGCUCGGUACGUGCGUCCUCCCGCUCCUGCUGGCCGUGAGGAAUGUCAGGAGUCCGUGGGUUUGGUCACUUUCCCGUGUUGUGUUAGCGACUGGACCCUCUUUGUUGGGGGGUUCUUCUCUCUCUCUUUUUUUUUUUUUUUCUUUUUGCCGGACGUCGUAAAGGAUAUAAACAUGUCGAGGGAUUCAGAGGAGGUGAACAGGCUCACCGAAAGUACAUACAAGAAUGUGAUGGAACAGUUCAACCCUGGACUGAGGAACCUGGUCAACCUGGGCAAGAGCUAUGAGAAAUCAGUGGCUGCAAUGACCCUGGCAGGAAAGUUGUAUUUUGAUGCAAUGUCUAAGAUUGGGGAGAAUGCUGCGGUGUCUCCUGUCUCCAGAGAAUUAGGUGUAGUGCUGAUGGAAAUCUCAGAGGUUCACAGGAAAGUUCACCUUGAGCUGGAGGAAAACUUUAAAAGGUUCCACAGAGAGAUAAUAGCAGAGCUCGAGAGAAAGACUGACAUGGAUGUGAAAUACAUGACAGCCACGUUUAAGAGGUAUCAGAUGGAGCACAAGAUGAAGCAGGAGUCUGUGGAGAGAUCACAGUCAGACCUGAAGAAGCUGAGGAGGAAGAGCCAGGGCAAGAAUGCCAACAAGUAUGAGAACAAGGAGAGCGAGUGCCUGGAGAUGCUGACCAGCCGUCAGAUGGACAUGCAUAGGUUCAUAGCAGACGGCUGUAAGGAAGCUCUGCUGGAGGAGAAGAGACGCUUCUGUUUCCUGGUGGACAAACACUGCACCUUCUCCUACCAGAUCGCUUCUUUCCAUGACAAGGCAAGAGACAUGCUGACGGCAAAGCUGCCCAGCUGGCAGGACCAGUGCAACGAUGCCACCAACAUGCCCGAGAGCAUCCUCUCCAUGAUUGAGGGGUUGCGCACGCCAGUCUCCAUUACACCACUGCCCUCCCCCUCCCCCUCACGGCACAGCAUGAACAUCUCUGUGGGACGGGAGUCUUCGAUGCCUCCACCAGCUCCACCUCUGAAGGCUCAGACCAGCCCACUGGUCAACAUGUUCACCCAGGAGAACAACACUGCAGCCAUCACCACCAACAACAGCACAGACAGGCACUCAGACUACACAGGCAGUGAGGACGGCAGCCUCCCCAGGUCUGUGUCCGUCUCCACAGGCCUGAACAACAUAGUGAAGAGGCCUCGUGUGCGCACCAUCUUUCCCCACACUGCCGGCAGCAACAACACACUGCUCAGCUUUGACGAGGGAGACAUCAUCAUCCUGCUCAUCCCUGACGAGAAAGACGGGUGGAUGUAUGGCGAGUUGGAAAAGAAUGGAAAGAGAGGCUGGUUCCCGUCAUCUUAUUGCCGUGCAUAUGCUGAGCCACUAGUGAAUAACAAUAGUUUGUCCGCUGCCCAGUACCGCAGCAGGAGCGUGGUCAACCUGCACCACCAGGACACAGAGACGGAUGAGGCGACCAUGGUGCUCCCCCCGGCGGAUUACUGUGACUCCCCCCAGCACACCCUGACCCACAACCCCACACCCUCCUCGGGCAGCAGCAGCAUCACCGUCACAAACAACCGCCAACACCAGCACUCCCCGACGCCGUCCGCAGCCUCCUCCUCCUCAUCCGACCACAACACGGCCGCCCAGCCCAACGGUAUCUCAAGGCCUCCACCUCCCUUCCUCAUAGGAGGGAACCCAUUUGCCACAGUCAGGCUACGUCCCACUGUCACCAACGACCGCUCUGCUCCAAUCAUCUGACUGCCCACAUUCCCAAACACCACCCACCAACCCCCACCCAUCAUCCUUGUCACCUACCCAGGACAUGCAGCUCACCUCCGAAACCUGACAAACUUUGGCCAGCACUGAACAAGCUGAUUUCUACACAAAAAUAAACAAUUGCCAUUUGAAUCCGGUGUCCCCUUACUGCUGCAUACUAUUUUAUUAAAACAUUUUGAGACCAUUUUAUCUACAGAAGAGAUGCUCAUAUAUAUAUUUUCUAUAUAUAUAUUUUUUUGUCCCUUUGUUUGUGGUGGUGAUGUUGAAAUGACCACAUUCUCAGCUGGACAUAAGAAAAUGA